AUGUCUCCACUACCUGAUAUGAACUCGCCUACUUACUCGACAGCACCAAGUAGUCCAGAGAUUCAUUCUAUUCCCAGGUGUGCGAAAAAGCGCCAGCGUCUGAUGUCAAAUCGUGAUGAUCACGAAGAGCUCAUAUAUGCCCUCACAGGAGUGAGUCCUACGCCUCAGCGGCGCCGCGCGGCGAAUGGAGCACCACUUAGUGCCACGAACGAGAUUCGACUCUUGCGGUCUCAAGUAGCUGAUAUGGAAGAAGAACUUCGUCAACUACGUACUAAGUGGGCAGCCGAGAUUCCUGACUACCGCAUGCUCGUAAUUGCUCAACGUUCGGCUAAAGAAAAACAUGAAGCUAUUCAAGUUGAAACAGCACACAAAGAAUUACAGCAAAUGCUCCUACAACAACAAUUGCGCUUUGCUACGCUCCAAUCGGCAGUUCUUCGCGCGCCAUUACAGUCAAGUGGUCAAGCGAUUUUUGAGGCCCUUCACUUUAAUACGCAACUUGGACGUGAUGUGGAAGAGCGGGAGAAGCUGCUUGAGGCUCACAAUUCGCGGUCUCGUUCGAUGAUUCCGUCAAUUGUUUACCGAUUUACUCAAAUGGCUAUUGAGCGAACACUCAAGGUUUCAAUUGGGCAUUGCUCUAAGCCAGUCUUGCCGCUGUCGCAGAUCAAUAUCACAGGCUGUAAGGACUGGACUCUCAUUUCAAGUGUUUUUGUAUCUGAGAUCCCCCAUUCAUCUCUUGAGGAUGUCUACGAAGCUGUAUUGGCCUACUUUGAUGGCAUUCCAACGUCAAUGAAACGUCAUUUUAAUGUCAAUGCUCAACGCGUUCGACUAAAUCGCGUCGACUCGCCUGUUGUAUACCGUCGCUCGACAUUCCAUGGGGCAGGACUACCUGCAACAGUUAAUAACGUGGUCUGCUCGGAACUCACGCCAACAGUUGGGAUGGUUCACGUCGACGCAAUUACGGAUGAUCCAUUGUACCCAGUGCAUCGAACUAUACCGUCGCAAUACGGUAUCUGUGGGCUCACUCUCACGCCUUGUACAGAUCCCGUCACGAACAAAACUAUAUCUGUGACAUUACGAUGGAUGGUUGUGUACCAUUACAAUUUGUUACCCGAUGACCCAGCCAUUAAAAAGGAUCUUGAGAUCAUCCGACCUAUUUUGAACGGUGAUCUUAUCACAUCUAUAGUGUGUGGAUACAUUCAAAAACAGCAGAAAAGUCCUCACUAA